AGCAGGAGGGGGGCAAGAAAAUGAUUAAAAGGGAAAGGGAGAUGUACCCGCUUGCACGCCCAGGGGUGCGGGCUCCUCUCGGGGUGCCCGCUUGCAAAACUCCCGUUCCCAGCGCACGGCCGCUUUUCUCUUGUUGCCCUUUAUUUUUUUCUCUUUUCUUUUCCCUUUUUUCUUUCUUUUUUUUUUUAAACAGCGCAAACCCAGCCCCGGAGUCGACCCCCUCCGCGUUUAUUUAAGGCUAAUCACCAGCCACUCUGCGAGGAGAGGGGGGUGGAAUUAAACUUAGUUUAAUUAACAUUAAUACACCGUCCUAAUUAAUGGGUUGGCUAUUAAUUUAUACAUGCUGGGGAGGCUCGCAGAUAAGUGACAAUUUAUUAAUUAUCUUCCAGCUCGGUUGCAACGGAGCUGAUUGCAGAUGGGUUGCCAAAAUAACUCGAGCAUGGUUGCGUGGUAGUUGCUUUAGGAAAAAAAAAAAAAAUUCAUUCUCCCCCUUCUUCAAAAAAAAUAAAAAGCAAAAAAUCCUCACGCUCACUCCGAGCGGCUCCUCUAACCCCAGCGAGAACUGGAGCACUCUUUUCCACCCAACUUGUGAAUCGCACUUGCCUUCUAAUUUGCCACAUGCAAAACGAUUCCUCUGCUUUGCAAGUUGCUUUUUAAGAAGGGAGAGAGAGAGGGGAAAAAAAACCCAGCUCGCACACGAGCGAUUUGAGCGUCUUAAACUGGAAGGAAAUCGUGCGUGGAGGAGGGGGGGGGGCUUCUCUUCCUCUCCCUGCCCCAACCCACCGCGCUCCAGCCCGGCGCCUCGGCUCGGGGAAGAUCCAUGGUGGCAUCCCCAUGUCAUCCUGCUCCAAGUGACUUCAUGUGAUGUCAGCUUUAAAUGUACGAGGCGGUGAGCUGACGCUCGGGAAGAUGUUUGCUAUCAAAAUGUGACUGCGGCCGCACCGCGCUGCUUGGAUGCGUCUCGUCGGAGCUGGGCUAAGGUAAGGGGUCCCGAGGCUGCCCCGCGCCCCUCGCCCCGUCGGUGGGGCUGGGCAGGGCGGCAGGGGCUGGGGGAGCUUCUUCUGCCUUUUUUUUUUUCCCCUUUUAAAUACUAACAAGGUCUAGCUCGCAUGUUACUUUAGCGUGUUCCGCUUAAUGAGCAGUAAUCUGGUACCCUACGUGCCAUUGUUCUUGGAUAUGUUCAUUUGAAUGUAAAUAGGGAGGGGGUGCCGGUGGGGGGGGGAGUGAGUGCGGGGGGGAAGAGAACAAGGUGCUUAUUAAAUUGAUUUGUCUCCUGGCUUUUCUGGAAUGCAGAGCCGAGCGCAGGAGCGAGCGGCCGCUCAGCCCAAGUUCCCGCACGGCGCAGAGCCAUGGCGAGCUCGGGGUCGCUGGAGACGGUCAUGCCUUCCCCCUGCCCCCGGCACGACGGCCGGGCCGCCGCCGCUAACCCGUCCAAGAGCCUGGCCUUCUCCAUCGAGCGCAUCAUGGCCAAGACGUCGGAGCCCAAAGCAGCCUUCGAGCAGCGGCACGGCGGUCCGGGGCCGGAGCCGGAGGCGGGCAAGAAGCCGCUCAGCCUGUGCUCGCCGCUGCCCUGCGUGAUCCCCAUCCCUCCGCUGGGCUACGAGGUGCCCUCCAAGACUCUCCUCAACUACUCGGAGCUGUGGAAGAGCGGCCUGCGGGGCGCCGGGGGGCUCUGCAAAGCCAACUGCGGCGUCUGCUGCAAGGCAGAGCUCGCUCUGGGCCAGCCCAGCGGGCGGCUCAUCAAGCCGCAGGUCAUCCACCAGGCGGGGGCCGUGCCGGCCGCCCCCCGCUCCCUCUAUUACUUCAACUACCUGGAUGCCGCCUACCACCCGGCCGACCUGCUGCACGGACAGCUCUUCCCCGCCGGCCUGCUGGGCCCCCCGCCGCCGGGGGGGCUCUCGGCUCACCAGAAGCUUUUCCUGCUGGAGAACGCCAAGCUGGCGGGGCUGGCGGCCGAGAAGCUGCCCCCGCCGCCGCCCUUCGCGCACAAGGAGCGGCUGCCGGGCCACCUGGACCAGGUGAUGAAGGAGGCGGCGGCGGCGGAGCGCGGCGGCCCCCCCAAGGGCCACGCCAAGCUGGGGGGGGGCGGCGGCGGCGGCGCGGCGGAGGGCAAACCCAAGAACUUCACGUGCGAGGUGUGCGGCAAGGUGUUCAACGCGCACUACAACCUCACCCGGCACAUGCCGGUGCACACGGGGGCUCGGCCGUUCGUGUGCAAGGUCUGCGGGAAGGGCUUCCGCCAAGCCAGCACCCUGUGCCGGCACAAAAUCAUCCACACGCAGGAGAAGCCCCACAAGUGCAACCAGUGUGGGAAGGCGUUCAACAGGAGCUCCACGCUCAACACCCACAUCCGCAUCCACGCCGGCUACAAACCCUUCGUCUGCGAGUUCUGCGGCAAGGGCUUCCACCAGAAAGGCAACUACAAGAACCACAAGCUGACCCACAGCGGAGAGAAGCAGUACAAGUGCACCAUCUGCAACAAAGCCUUCCACCAGAUCUAUAACUUGACUUUCCACAUGCACACCCACAACGACAAGAAGCCCUUCACGUGCGUCACUUGCGGCAAAGGAUUUUGCAGAAACUUUGAUUUAAAGAAGCACGUCCGAAAGUUGCACGACAGCGUCUCCAGCGCUCCGCCGCCGCCGCCCCGGGACCCAGCGCGCAGCGGGCAGAGCUAAGGGCCGUCCGCGCUCCCGGACCGCCGCUACCCAUCCCAACUGCAGCCUUCGCUUCUCUGUCUCUUCCCCAGCGAGCUCAGCCGCCGGUAGCAAGCGACCCCGAGCUGCAGCUGUAUAUAAGAGGAAUCCUAUUUAACGGCGCUGCGGGCCAAGAGGGGCCGGGCCGGCCGCCCCCCGCCAGGACAGCGCUCUUUAUACGUGUCUGUAAAUCUCCAUUUUAAAUGUACGCUCGAAUAAGUGAGGAAUAUAUAUAUAUUAUAUAUAUAUAAUCUAUCAUGGGACAAUAAACCGGCCCUUCGUAGGUGUCUCAUUUCCCGCUCCGGCCCCGAAACCGGGAGGAGCGGCACAGCCCGGCCCCGUGGGGGACGCGGCAUGCGGGGCCCGGAGGAGCCCGAGCGAGGGCAGGAGGGGGCCGGGCGGGGCCGCCCCCAGGAGAGGGGCGCGGAGGGGCCCGGAGCUUCCCGGGGCCGCUCUCGUUCCGGCGCGGUUCGGCCGCUCCUCGGUGCCGUUCCCCGCAUGCAGAUGAAGUGAUCUCACGCUCGCUUUCCGAGUAAUGACCCAAAUUAAGAGAGAAAACACAGACCCUUCAAACCGCAUUACAUUAAUCUAAUCACUCCCAGCAGGCCUCAGAAACUCUUUUUGAUCAGAAUACGGAUAAUCAAGCACUUGGAUUACACUAAAUAUUCCCUUCUCAGCUCCCCCCUUUCCCUACUUUUAAUAUGCGAGUGUCUAUUCCGGCCACGUCGUUAGGAACAAUAUUAUUCUAGCGGAGAAACGAGGCUGAUCUCUGCGUGCUGCUCGGGCCGGGCUCGCCAAUGAAGCGGGGAACGAGCGCGACACCCGAAUGCCUGGGGACGCCGCGACGGGGAGUUCACCUUUCCCCGCUUAAUGGAGCGGUUAAACGGAGGGAGGCGAGGGCGAGCACAGCUCCGCGCCGAGCGCAGGGCCGGGAGGAGACCCCGUGCUGCGCCUUUGCGGGAUGCGGUGCCGGGAGCGGUGCUUCGAGCCCCCCCGGAGCCGCGCAGCGCCGCGCGUCCCCCCGAAGGGCCGGGACUGAUCUCCUCCUCACUCGAGUUUUGGGUUUUUUUUCAAUGCCAAAACGAUCGCUUUGAUGGUUUGGAGCAGGUGGGGCGCGGGGAGCAAUGCGCAUUGAUCCUGGCAGAGGGGAAAAGAUCGGGGGAAAAUUUGUUUUGAAAGAUUUUUGGGAGAGUUUCGGGUUAGAAAGAAAUUAAUAAUAAUAAUUGGAAUCCCCGUCAGCGCCGUUGGAAAUCUUAGGAGCGAGAGAAUCCGUCCCCAAGCGAAGGGGCUGUAGCUCAACCCCUCGCAAGCGGAUCGCGGCUGCAAAGCGAGCCCGGCGCCAGCAGCCAGAUGGGACGGGCCGGGAGCAGCAAGGAGGGCCCCAGAGGGGCUGCGGGAAUUGGAGCCACGGCGGGACGAGGCCGGGCGUCCCGCAGCCCCGAGCCGGUCCCGCCGCCGGUGCCGGGGAAGCGCACCUCGGGGCCGAGGGGUGUGGAAAACUGGAGCCGGGUGCGGCCCCGCGCCCUUCCCGCAGCCCGGUGGGAGAGGGCAGGGCAAGAGCUGCUCCCCGCGGAGGGGCUGCAGGAAACGCUCUUUUCUCGUUUUGCUAACACGCAGCGCUGCCUGCGGAGCUGUCGGAGGGGCAGCGGCAGCCUCGUCGCGGCUCAGAACGUCCUCGGGACGCCUCGAAGGGCCGCGCCGGCCGCCCCCGGGGGGGUUUUGUCACUUUGCCCCUCCCGGGGGCGGCGGGCAGCGCUCCCAGGCCGUCCUCGCUCCGGCCUCACCGAGAAGCGGGUGGCGAGGAGUGGAGCUCCGGGAGCGCUGCCCGCCCCCGGCCGGGCUCUCGCCCCCAUCCCGGCACACACAGGCGGCGGGUGGCGGGGGAGGGGCGGCUCUGUCAGACGCACACACGCCAGAGACUCCAAUUAUCUUCUCCCUCACAAGAUGUUUCUGCUGUCCACGACUGCUCACACUUCAGCGCUCUUGCCAGCAAGCCUCAAUGGUAACACAAAACCCGCACACAACCCCUCUCCCGACGCCGCAGCCGCGCACACAACAGAUUGAGCGGUGCCGGUGCCUCGGGGGGGAGGGUUAGAAGUGCCUCCGGGCGGGGAGCGGCACGCGGAGCUGCCGGGUUCCCCUCUCGGCCCGGCCCGGCCCAAAGCGGACUCCCGGGCCGGGUGCGUCGCGCCGGGCACCGAGAAGCGCCCAAGCCAAAGGCAGCCGCGUUGCCCUUUUCCCUGCACUCCGCUCUCCAAACGUCUGAGCAACCAGUUUGCUGCUAGAAACAUGUUAAUUGCCAACGGAGCUCAUUAAGGCAUGCACAUGCAAAACACAGCGAGGGAGAUUAAAUGGACAAAAGCGCAAUAAUGAACUGUCAACAAUCGAACCCAUCUACAAGACCAGGAGCACUCAAGAAUGAGGCAUUUAGAGGCAACAAAGGAUUGUCUGGGACAGGAAGAAAGGACGACCUAGACUUUUGUUUAGUCAACACAAUUGAUUACAAAUGAGAGAUUAACAGGAUAGCUUCAGAGUUUUUUUGAAGGAGGCAGAAGAGAAAAGUCCAAUUAAGUGCACCGAAUGUUAACUACAUUGAUUUCCACGGCCAGCCCUAGAGAAAUUCUCAUUAAACCAUCCCUGGCGAUCCCUUUUGGAAAGUAAUUUGUCUCCCUGAUGGAGCAGAGAAAGGGAGCCGCGUAAAGAGAAAGAAGCGCUAGUUCUUGGCACAAUGAGCUUAGGAGACACACUGGAAAGAGCCAAAGGGGGAGUUAAUGAGCAUCUGACAAGCCGCUUGGACCCGGGCCUGGAGAGCAGCGAUGAAAAGAUGGAAUUGGCCAACAACUAUUCUUUAUAUCAAACAUAAAAAGGCCAAUCUGAAACAGGGCUGCUCAAAGCUGGUGGGGAAGAAAAGAAAGGCCCCCACUGGGGGGUGGAGUGGAGGGCUCAACUGCCCCAUCGGGACGGGAAAAAAAAUGCUCUGGCAUGUCCACGUCCCAGCGAGAGGGGCUGCCCGACCUCGGCACAGCCCGGGCGGACACGCCGAAGCCGAAGCGCUGCUCUCGCAGCCUGGCACCCCCUGCACGUCCCGGGGGAGGGGAGGGGGUAGGGGGCGGCCUCCGGGCAGGGUGCGGGGCGCUGUCCCGGCCCUUCCUGGGGUGCCGGUGCCUCCCAAGCACCCGCGGCCCCGGGAGCCCCGUGCCUACUCUCUCCCCGUGUAGACACGGUUCGUUCGGAGGCUCUUAAAUCAGAUUAGAGCUCGUUAAUAACAAUUUUGGCUUAAGUCUGUAUUGACUUAGGUUUAGGAAUGGCUUAGCACUUUCGCUUAAGUCAACACGACGGCUGAAUUGACGCAUGCCUUGCCCAGCCCGCCGAUCCCUGCGGGCGCCCAGGUGCCCGCCGAGCUCUGGCCUCCUGCUUUUCAGCCACACGGAGCAGCAUUUGUACCAUUUUUAAGUGAGACCGCGGAGCCCCGAGAGUCACCUCCGUGUGUCAUCCGCAAGGGUCCCCAUGGGCAGGGGCUCGGUGGGGCCCCACCACUUCCCAGGGCACCGCUUUCCCCGACGGCGCGGUCAGAACCCACUCCUUAACACCUCUCUCUCUUCAGAGUUGCACCCCGAGGACCCCAGCUACCCUUCUUCCCUCCGGGGGGAGGGACAGGUAGGCCCUGGGGUUCUGCAGGCACAGUGUCAUGUGUGCCACGGCGGCUGGGACAGGCUAGGAGCGACACGCUCACCCCACGCCCUCUCCCAAGGGCUCCUGCCUCACCUAGCAGAUCUCACCCUGCGGCUGGUUUUACCUUACGUCAUUCACCUGCCCGCUCUGGUUAUCUGGGGUGAAGCCAUCCCACAGGCAAAGUACCACCACAGAUUCAUUUCAUAAAGACGGAGGGAAAAGCCCCUCACUUACCCCCUUGUUGCUGCUGCUGCCAUCCUCCCUAACUCUCCUGGUGACCUACCCUACCCAGGCAUUGCUCCCAUUCCCAUGCUUAUCACUCGCACGUGCUUAACUGAUUUAAUCACAGAAAGGUGAGCCCAA